AUGCCCAGAAUCAUUGAUGUCAUCAUUAGUGGACCACUGAACAGCACAAAGUACAAAACCACCACUGGGGAAUAUGUGAUCUACUGGACACCAACUGCAGAAAACUAUGGCCAACACUUUCCAUUUUGCUUCAUCGCAGAAGGACAAUACAGGUUUGAUAUUUUCCACUCUGAGAUGAGGUGCGUUGUUGCAAAGGUGAAUGCAGAAGGACCUGUGGCGCAUGUAACCUGUACUCAAAACUCAAUGUCAGUGACAGUUGAGAGAUCCUCCAUCAAAAACCUCCAUGGUGACCACUUGAGACUGAUAAAUCCGUCUUGUCGGGUUUACACCAACCGUACCUACGUGUUCACCAACACACUUCUAAAUGAAUGUGGCACUCAGAUUGAGGAGAACAAUAAUGAACUCAUCUUCAAGAAUAAAAUCAUUACAUUCGAUGAUCCCAGGGACAUUAUAACCAGAAAGAAUAAGCUAGAAAUUGAAAUCCUGUGCAAGUACCAGAAAAGAACCAACGUUACGCUGGAGUUUGAUACUCACAGACCACCAAUCAUCAUCUCAGAAAAAGGUUUUGGCACAUUCAACUAUCAGUUUGAGUUUUAUGUUUCUGAAAAUUUCCACACCAGCAGGGGUUCAGAAUCUUACCCGCUUGAGUACGAUGUGGGCGAUAAGAUCUACAUGAAGAUCGAGCCCGUCACUCCAGUCCUAAACACUGAGAUCUUCCUCGAGUCGUGUGUGGCUACACCUUACGAUAAUCCCAAUUACCCAAUCUCCUAUCCCAUCAUAAAGAAUGGGUUUCUUCUCAUAUACUCUGAUAUAGACUCCAUAAGAGAAUACAGCACAUCUCUACAAGUGUUCAUCAGCUGCUCAAUCAUCAUAUACCAGGCGAACAAUCCCAACACCCGCUGCUCUCAGGGCUGCGUCAACAGCACAGUCGCUCCACCGUCCCACCACCAUCACAAAAGAGAGGCUCCCAUCCAGAGCGCCAGUCACUUCAUCUCCCAGGGGCCCCUGCGGCUGAAGAGAAGUGCAUCACAGGUCACCGUAAGCCCGGGACUGAGUCUAAACCUUGUUGUCAUCGCUAUUUGUCUCGUGGCAACAGUUGCCAUGGUGUGUGGAGUGAUCGUCUACAGAGCCAGAGGGCAAAGGAUCAGAUACAAACCUGUGCCAUCGCACGAGUUUUAGUCAUGUCAGCUCUGUUUUUUAUUUUUCAAAGCAUAAUGCUUUAUUUUUCCUGUGAAAACAGAGAAUUAGCAAGAGUGCAAUUAUUGGUGUGCUUUCAAAAAGCUGUGAUGGGAAUCCCUGGUCAAAGU